AUGCGAUUUUGGGCUUAUUCUUCUAGAGAAAGUAUUAUUCAUGAAUUAAAAAUACCAACAACUGAUGCUUAUUUGGAAGGUUUUAAAUUACUAUUUAAACCAACUAGAUUUCUAAGAUUUCAACAAAGAGGAAAUGUGCUACGUAUGGAUACACUUUGUGCAAUACUUGCCAAAUACAUUUCUCCAUUAUGCGAGAUGCAAAAUCAAUUAUGGAACUAUAUAAAAGAAACAUUGGAUAAAGAAAAGGAACCAUUGCAGGAAUAUAUUGACGGGAAUAUGUUGGAAGAGGGUCAACUAAGGGAGCUUUUAGCGAGAAAUAUCAACACAAUAGCAUUCCAAGAUAUUAAUAAAUAUGAAGACAUAGAAGCAUCCAGAUUUAUUCAUAACAAUUGUGUUGAUUUUAUUGAAUUUAGUCUUGAUAAAUAUUUAUUUGUCACCAUCAAAACUGGUCAAAAAAAUCUAGAGCAUGUACCUGGCAAUCCUGAUAUGGAUUAUUACGUUGUACAGUUGUUGCCAGAGAUUAAUUGUCAUUGUAUGAGAUAUUUGAUAUGGGGUGGUGCGUGUUCACACAUUAGAGCUGCCAUACACAGUGUAAAUUGGAGAAUCUAUGAUUAG